CAGUGUCCUCAUCCACUGCUGGGACCUAUUCAGAUGGGCUCUCAGCUCCCACUGUACACAGAAGUCUUUUUGUUUUUUUCUUUCUUUCAACCCUGAUUUUGUCUUCUUUCCCCAGCCUUUUGUUACCUGGUUCUCUACUGUACAGAAAUAGCUACAAUUCUGAGCGAGAGCCAUCAGGAUUUUCUAGGAGGACAAAGGUAACGGUGACGUUAUGAUCUCGGCGGGUCUCCAGCUCCUUGCUUUUGCCCUGGCCUUAUCUGGGGUCUCUGGAGUGCUCAUGGCCACCCUGCUGCCCAACUGGAAGGUGAAUGUGGACCCGGGCUCCAACAUCAUCACAGCCAUCGUGCAGCUGCAAGGGCUGUGGAUGGACUGCACGUGGUAUAGCACCGGGAUGUUCAGCUGCACCCUGAAGUACUCCGUCCUGGCCCUCCCCACCCACGUGCAGGCCGCUCGGGCCGCCAUGGUCCUGGCCUGUGUCCUGUCUGCUGUGGGGAUGUGCACUGCCACAAUCGGGAUGAAAUGCACUCGCUUAGGAGGGGACAGGGAAACCAAGAGUUACGCUUGUUUUGCUGGGGGAGUCUGCCUCAUGUCUGCGGGGAUCUCUGGUUUAAUACCGACGGUGUGGUACACAAAGGAGAUCAUAGCCAACUUUGUGGAUGUGACAGUUCCAGAAAGCAACAAACAUGAACCCGGAGGAGCUGUCUACAUUGGAUUCAUUUCGGCCAUGCUGCUGUUUAUCUCUGGCAUGAUUUUCUGUAUAAAAAAGGAUUCGGAGGCUUGGCUCCACCCAUCCAAGCAGCAGCACGUCCCCACCACACAGCCAGAGGACCGUUCAGCAUACAGCCUGAAGGAUUAUGUGUGAAUAACUGUGUGAUGCACAUGACUUAAGUGCCUGCUGUGAUUUCUGUCUUUAUUUUAGAUUAAAUACAAGAAUUGUGCUUACCUUUCUCUACAAAGAAUGUAAAACACUUAAAAAUUGAAGUUGUUCAAAAUGCCAACAAACUUCGUGUACAAUUAUAUCUGUUUUAGAUGAUUUUUCCAUUAUUGUUGUCAUGUUUUAUCUAAAGGUUUAUAAUGGAAAGAGGUUCUGAUUAUAUUAAUAAGGCAAUGGAAUUGAUGGCUUUUUUUUUUCCUUUUUAAGAUAAAUUGUUGAUACAUCUUCCUAACUGGUACUUCACUGGAUUUUAUAAAAGAGCUCCACUGCCAAGUAUAAAAAGCACCUUGUCCUGGUGUUAACCCAGGAUACCCUCUGCUUUUGCUCCCUUUCCUUGGCAACCCCACAGUCACCUGCUUCUGUUUUCAAGCCCCUCUAUAGGCCUGCACCUUACGACGCAGGGAGGAGCUGCCCGCCUCCUUCACAGGAUGCCCAAACAGGCCACCCCAAGUCCCCACCUACUGUCAUCUCCCCGGCUCUGCUGAC